AUGGGAAGUUCAUGCAAAAAUAUGAAAAAUACAUAAGAUCUUAAAUAAAUUUAGAUGAAUAGCAAGAACAAUAAAACCUUCAAAAAACUAAAUAGGGCAGAUUUCCAACAUCCGAAAUAAAUUCUGGAUUUUGACAGUUCAUAUUCAAUAUGUUCAGAAAGAAAUUCAUCAUAAUUUUCCAAGACUAUUGGCCACAUCAAUACGUCAAGUUGCAUAUACAUGAAAAAAAGAGAUAAUAAAUUUUUCACAAGAAGGGUGAAUAGUAGCUUAAAUCACAAUAGUCUAAAUUUGCUUAAGAAGGAUGAUAAUAAUUCAUAAUCUGAUUUUUCUUUAGAAUUGAUAGAGAACACUUAAGUCAAAUUAGUAAUACCUUAUCAAGUUAGGAGAUCUUGGAGCAAAAAAAGAGUAACAACUAAGGUAGAUUUAUUAAAGAAAGUGAAAAAUUAGAAAUAUUUUGAUAGAUAUAAAAGGAGGAGAACUUGA